GCUCCCUCGGCCUACAUGAAGCAGGCCGGUGAUAAGACGCUCCCCUCACCAGCCUGGCCGAGGCACUCUGCAGCUUCUGGGCUGAUCCUCGGGGCAGCUCCAUGCAGAGCACGCGUGUGUAACAGCAUCGACAUCCGCAACAACCUGACCCUUUUUAGCUUGCUGGAGAACUGCACCGUGAUUGAGGGACAUUUGCAGAUCUUGCUGCUGUUCAAAACCAAGACUGAGGACUUCCAGGACCUCAGCUUCCCCAUGCUGACCAUGAUCACAGACUACCUGCUGAUGUUCCGGGUCUACGGCCUGGAGAGCCUCAAGAAGCUCUUCCCCAACCUCACCGUCAUCCGCGGGUCCCGCCUCUUCUUCAACUACGCCCUGGUCAUCUUCGAGAUGGUCCACCUGAAGGAGAUCGGCCUCUACAACCUGAUGAACAUCACCCGCGGGGCCGUGCGCAUCGAGAAGAACGAUGAGCUCUGCUACCUGUCCACGAUCGACUGGUCCCGCAUCUUGGACGCCGUGGAGGACAACUACAUCGUGGCCAACAAGGACGACAAGGAGGAGUGCGGAGACGUGUGCCCGGGCAUCGUGCUGGGCAAGGGCAGCUGCCCGCCCACCGUGAUCAACGGGAUCUUCAUUGAGCGCUGCUGGACGUACGAGCACUGCCAGAGAGUGUGCCCCCCGCCGUGCAAGUCGCAGGGCUGCACCCCCACCGGCGAGUGCUGCCACCCGGAGUGCCUGGGCAGCUGCCUGGAGCCCGACGACGCCGGGAAGUGCGUGGCGUGCCGCAACUACAUGCUGGACGGCCGGUGCCUGGAGACGUGCCCCCCCGGCUACCUGCGCUUCAAGGGCUGGCGCUGCGUGACCUUCGACUUCUGCCAGGAGCUGCACAACAAGUGCCGGACGGCCCGGGACACCCACUGCCACGCCAUCUUCGGCGGCGAGUGCGUCGCGGGCUGCCCCUCCGGCUACGCCAUGAACUCCAGCAACCUCCUGUGCGCCCCCUGCGCGGGGCUGUGCCCGAAGGUGUGCGACUUGGGCAAGGAGAAGGUCAUCGAGUCCGUGACGGCCAUGCAGGACCUCCGGGGGUGCACAGUGGUGAACGGGAGCCUGAUUAUCAACAUCCGUGGAGGAAACAACAUUGCUGCUGAGCUGGAGGCCAACCUGGGUCUGAUCGAAGAGAUCACCGGCUUCUUGAAGAUCCGCCGCUCCUACGCCCUGGUCUCCCUGUCCUUCUUCCGCAAGCUGCGCUUGAUCCGAGGGGAGGUGCUGGAAGCGGGGAACUACUCCUUCUACGCCCUGGACAACCAGAACCUGCGCCAGCUCUGGGACUGGAGCAAACACAACCUCAGCAUCUCCCGGGGGAAGCUCUUUUUCCACUACAACCCCAAGCUGUGCCUCUCGGAGAUCCACAAGCUGGAGGAGAUUUCGGGGACGAGGGGCCGCCAGGAGAAGAACGACAUCGCCCUCAAGACCAACGGCGACCAGGCCUCGUGCGAGAACGAGGUGCUCAAGUUCUCCUACAUCAAAACGGCCCCCGACAAGAUCGUGCUGAAGUGGGAGCCAUACUGGCCACAGGACUUCCGUGACCUCCUGGGCUUCAUGCUCUUCUACAAAGAAGCGCCCUUUCGGAACGUGACCGAGUUCGACGGCCAGGACGUCUGCGGCUCGAACAGCUGGACGGUCGUGGACAUCGACCCGCCGCCCCGGCCGACCGACGGCAAGCCGGCCUCCCAUCCGGGGUGGCUCCUGCGCAGCCUGAAAGCCUGGACCCAGUACGCCAUCUUUGUGAAGACGCUGGUCACCUACUCGGACGAGCGCAAGACCUACGGGGCCAAGAGCGAGAUCAUCUACGUGCAGACCAACGCCUCGGUGCCGACGCCCCCCCAGGAUCCCAUUUCGGUCUCCAACUCCUCGUCGCAGAUCAUCCUGAAGUGGAAGCCCCCCUCGGACCCCAACGGAAACAUCACGCACUACCUGGUGUCCUGGCAGCAGCAGAAGGAGGACAGCGAGCUCUACGAGCUGGACUACUGCCUCAAGGGCUUGAAGCUGCCCUCCCGGACGUGGUCCCCGCCCCUGGAGCAGGAGGACCUGCACAAGCACAACGUCAGCGAGAGCGAGGACGUGGGCGGGGAGUGCUGCUCCUGCCCCAAGACGGACUCCCAGAUCCAGAAGGAGCAGGAAGAGUCUGCCUUUCGGAAGACCUUCGAGAACUACCUGCACAACGUGGUCUUUGUCCCGAGGCCGACCAGGAAGCGGAGGGACCUCGGCCUCGUGGCAAACAGCUCCGCCGUGGCGUCCCCUGCCGGCCCGGUCUUGGCGAACGGCUCCACAGCAGUGCCCGAGAGCCCCGGGGAGCCGAAGCCGCUCGAGAUGGUGGUCCUCAAGGAGUCGGUGGUCAUCUCCAACUUGCGGCACUUCACGGGCUACCGGAUUGAGAUCCAGGCCUGUAACGGCGAGGGCCCGAAGGAGUGCAGCAUUGCGUCGUACGUCAGCGCCAGGACCAUGCCCGAAGCCAAGGCGGACGACAUCGUGGGGCCCGUGGUGUACGAGUUCCUGGACAGAAGCACCAUCAACCUGCGCUGGCAGGAGCCCCGGGAGCCGAACGGGCUGAUCAUCCUGUACGAGGUGACCUACGGGCGCCUGGGAGAUCCGGAGGAGCAGCGCCACUGCGUGUCCCGCCGGCACUACAGCAACGACCAGGGCUGCAAGCUGAGGGGGCUGCAGCCGGGCAACCACAGCGUGCGUGUCCGGGCCACGUCCCUGGCCGGCAACGGCUCCUGGACGGAGCCCAUCUAUUUCUCCGUCUCCGACUACGUGAACGGCCCCACCAGCCUCGUGGGUAUUGUCGUCCCAAUCAUCUUCGCCGUCUUCUUCAUCGCCAUCAUCGGGGGAGCCUACGUCUUCAUCAAGAAGAGGCAAAUGGAGGGACCCACCGGGCCACUCUAUGCGUCCUCCAACCCCGAGUAUCUCAGCGCCAGUGAUGUGUACAUCCCGGACGAGUGGGAGGUGCCGCGGGAGAAGAUCUCGCUGCUGCGGGAGCUGGGCCAGGGCUCCUUCGGGAUGGUCUACGAGGGAAUCGCCAAGGACCUGGUGAAGGGCGCGGCCGAGGUCUGGGUGGCAGUCAAGACGGUGAACGAGUCGGCCAGCAUGCGCGAGCGCAUCGAGUUCCUCAAUGAGGCGUCCGUCAUGAAGGGCUUCAGCUGCCACCACGUGGUCCGUCUCCUGGGGGUGGUGUCCAAGGGGCAGCCCACGCUGGUUGUCAUGGAGCUGAUGGCGCACGGCGAUCUGAAAAGCCACCUCCGGUCCUUGCGCCCAGAUGCAGAGAACAACCCCGGCCGGCCACCGCCGACCCUCCACGAGAUGAUCCAGAUGGCUGCCGAAAUCGCCGACGGGAUGGCUUACCUGAACGCCAAGAAGUUUGUCCACCGCGACCUGGCAGCCCGGAACUGCAUGGUGGCCGAGGACUUCACAGUCAAAAUCGGAGACUUCGGCAUGACCAGGGACAUCUAUGAGACCGACUACUACCGCAAGGGGGGGAAGGGCCUGCUGCCCGUGCGGUGGAUGGCCCCAGAGUCGCUCAAGGAUGGUGUCUUCACUGCCCACUCGGACGUCUGGUCCUUCGGCGUCGUCCUCUGGGAGAUCAGCAGCUUGGCCGAGCAGCCAUACCAGGGGCUCUCCAACGAGCAGGUCUUGAAGUUUGUCAUGGAGGGAGGGUGCCUCGAGCGGCCAGAAAACUGUGCUGAGAGGCUCCUGGACCUCAUGCAGAUGUGCUGGCAGUACAACCCCAAGAUGCGGCCCACCUUCAUCGAGAUCAUCGAGAUGCUGAAGGACGACCUCCACCCCACCUUCCAGGAGGUCUCCUUUUUCUACAGCGAGGAGAACAAGCCCCCUGAGACAGAGGAGUUCGAGCUGGACUUCGAGAACAUGGAGAGCAUCCCACUCGACCCGUCGUCCUACCUGCAGCGGGACGCGGCGCUCGGGAGGGACGCUCGGCCGGUGGCGGGGCUGAAAGGGAAUUACGAGGAUCACGCCCCCUACACCCACAUGAAUGGCGGCAAGAAGAACGGGCGCAUCCUGCCUGUGCCACGUUCGAGCCCGUCCUAAGCCAGCCUCCCCGGGCAUCGCUCUCCCCGCCGAUCUCAGGGCUUGGCAGGUGUGCCGACGCAGCCAGUGAGACGUACGGACUUGGCACGCGGUUCGCAGUUUUAAUCGUCUGAAGAUUGCACGGACCUUUGGGGCUGGGGGGAGGGUGUCUUCUUUGCGUGUUCCCGUUUGUUGCCUUUGUGUUUCAGUGCAAGAGCUGACGUGCUGCUGGCAGGCUGCUUCUGUGAAACACGCGCGAAGGGUUCUGCGGCCACCGCUGCAGCCGCUGCUCACCGCUUGCCCGCCUUGGCUGGGAGGCAGGAAGGGGCUUCCCGCCGGGGUGCUGCACCAGCCGCUUCGGCCGUCCAGCCGGCACCCCUGGCUGCGGGGACGUGGGCUGUGGGAGCGGAGGCCCCCCAGUGAAGUAGAACCAGCUUCCCCGGGAGGCCCCAAAGCUUUCUCUUGUGCCAGCCUCGCCCUCGAGGGUGGUCUCCUCAUUUUGCUUUUAGGCUGAAGGAUCUUCUAGAUGCGUCAAACACGGAUCGUUUCUUUCUCCGAUUUGACCAACAGCUGCUGCUUCUCUUCUCAAUGGGUUAAUGUGCAUGCGAGAAGCUGAGUGAGUGCAUUAUGCACGGGGAAAAGGGCGCGUCGUUUUGUACACAGCUUUAUGUAACCACAGAGUUGAGGGGGUGGACGGGGUCCUCCAACCGCCCCCUCUGCUUCCCCGGCACACGAAGGGAUUCUGGGCAGUGUGUUUUUAUGCAGGAGGAAUUUUGUGGGGGUGCCCCCAUCCAGCUGAGCGGGGGGGGGGGCAGAACAGUCACAUUGCACAUCUGGGGAGAACGUGCAGAGUGGAGGAGGCACAGCCAGCAACCCGCCCCCUGCCCCUCUCUGCUCCCUCUCGCUCUUCUGCUCUUGCCACCCGACUGGGAGUUUGUCUGAUUAGCGUUUAAGUGUAUAUAGGUUUGUCGUGCCAUAUUUAAAUCUUAGAUAGUAGAACUCCCUCUAAAUUAUUGAUGCCUUUAAUGAACCUACCUUCCUUCCUUCCUUCCUUCCUUCCUUCCUUCCUUCCUUCCUUCCUUGCCUGUUUGGCCUUAGAAGGGGCCCCCAGUGCCCCUGCUGCUUUUGGCAAGUGACCGCCCAGGAGCCAGAAUGCCAAGCCUGAAAUAACGAGGGGGGUGCUUCUCUUUUAUUUUUUGAAAGCCCGUCUUUGUGCAAAGCACGAAACUGCCGGGCUGCUGAAGAAGCCACCUCAAGGCCCACGGCCCCAGCAGCGGUUCUUGCAGCGGGAGGGGCUGCGGGGGCCUGCCUGCCCUGGGGCAGCCCCCACUUCACUCCUCCCGCCCCUCGCCUUCUCUCUGCCUUUCUGCACGUGCCUUUGGACAGUGUCUGCGCUGAUCGGCCACGAGAUGUCCCACCGGGGAAGCCACCGAGCGGCGGCUCCUCUGCCGUUAGCACGCGGCUGCUGGGGCCCCCGGGCCCAGGCGGCCCCUCGCGUUUCCUCCCCGGGCUUGCUGAGGAGGGGAGCCCACGGCGCCAGAAACGCAGGGUUCGAGCCACGUGUGGCCGCCCCGCUUUGCCUCCCUGUGCCGGCCACCCACCGUCUCCCUCGCACAAGCGAGUGCGGGAGCUACGCAGCAGAGCCGUCAGAACGGGGAAGGGGCAGUAAAGGACCCCUGCCCCAGCCGUGGGCUGCCGCCCCCAGGCGAGCCCAGCGCGGUGGCCCUCUCCCGCCCGGCCCUCGGCCGUGGGCGCUGGGGGCCACCGAGGCUCUCGUGAGCCCAGGCGGGCCGCACCUUCGUGGAUUCCUCUUGCCCACCUUUGAAGCCAUCGAAGCUCAGAGACUGUUAGCUCAGGACGUCGGGAUCGAGCAGCGAGGGGGGCCGCGGGCCUUGCCCGCCCACCCCUUGGGCAGCCCAGCCCCGCAGUGCGACCGUGCUGUGAGCGCGCCGUUUGUGCUUCAGCCGAAAGGGACACGUGGCCACGUGCGUGCCGCCCGCCCCCCCGGCCGCCCGUGUGCUGCCACAAGGCCCGCACUCUGCAGCGGUGCCCGCACCUUCUUGGAUUUCUUCUUCGAGCGAGGCCGGCCGCCCGGACCCCUCGCUCGCCGUAUCGUGCACUGUCGCUUUCUGUGGCUUGGCCAUUUCGUCCUUCGUGGGUGCAGGGCAGCAGGCCCCGUUCUCUUCGUCCGCCUCUCCAGCGCCCGGGCCUGCAUUUCAAGUGCUCCUCAGUGUAAGAUAAUUCACUUGUUCGCUGACAGAUGGGCCUCUAGAUUCACUAUUUAUCUCUUCGUGUCUCUCUGUUGUCUAAAUAAGCUCUUAACAAUUAUUUCCAUAUAAUGUGAAUCAUUGUUACAAAAAGAAAAUCAAAAGGACCUUCUUUUCUUGUGGAAAAAAUUUUAAGUGGAUUUUAAGUAGAACAAAAAGGACACGAGGCAUUUCUUUCAGUGUGUGUCCUGAACCACCCCUCCUGUAGUCAGUUCUCCGUCACUGAAACCGAAUUAAGGUGCAUUUUUAGCAUGGGGAGGGGCCAGUUUUUAAUUUGGAGGAAGGCAGGUCCCUUAUUUGGGAGGGCUACCCUUGAACAGGGCUCCGGGAAUUGAUCUGCCGUGGAAGUUGUCCCUGUUUGGCAGGCAAGGCGCCUGCGUUGUGGCUCAGAAAACGCCGGCACUGCCCCAUGGCGGCUCCGCUCCCGGAGCAGGUGUGCACGCGAGAGCAUCGGGCGAGCCAGGAGGACGUGGGGGACCACACCUCGCCGAGGUGCCCACGAAAGCGCUCCCUUGUCCAGAGGUUUUGAAGCAGUGGUUGGAGAGAGCCGGGCAGGACGGAGUCGCUCUGCAGGCGUGCCAGGGCCCGGGAGCGAGAGGGACCCCGCGGGAGCCCCUUCUGUGACGGUGGGCGGCAGGAGGAGGCCGGCACGCUUCCGCAGCGCUUGGCGAGGGGACGGCUGUGCAGCCGAAUGGGCCGGGGGCUCAGAAGGCCUCCUGCGAGGUGGGAGCCGCCCGUGGCCCGUUCCACACUUUUUGCCUUUCCAGACAGCCCUUGGCGAACCUGAACGCCUGUUUUGUCCCGCCCAGGCUCAGCGGACGCGGCCCCCGGGCUCAGGGUGCCCUGUCCCGGCCUGUCCUUUCUGGAACAGCCGGUGGAAGUUCCACGCUUCCUAGCGGGGUCCUCCCUGCAGGCUUGGCGCUUUCCCGUGUCCGGAGGGACGUGGCACUGCUCAGACGAGCAAAAACCGCACCCAGCGAAUGGCAUAUAGGAGGAGCUCUCCCGGCCCACGUCGCGGGGCGGAAGCAGCAGCCCUGGGGGCGGCCAGGCGGGCGAGCUGAGGGGGCAGGUGCGGGCAGGCCCCAAGCCAGCUGUGCCCACAGGCUCGGCCACUGGGAGCCGGGGCCGUUCCGGGGGACUGCCAGGUGCUACAUGGCCGUUCACUGUAACACGAGGGGGCUCUGCACACCCGAAACCUCUGCUCUGCAGGGGCCCGAGGAUGGGGGUUCUGGGCAGGGCGACUUGCACUGGAGGACCCCUUCCGAGCACCUCGCGCCCCCGCGGAGGGCUGUGGGCCGCCUUUCCUCCCGCCCUUCUUCGCACAGCCUUAACACCUCCUCGUGCUUGGAGUCCGGGAGGGCGAGGCAGGCUUCCGAUGUAGCAGAUCCCCGAGAGAUAAAGGAUCGCACACACACGCAGACCCUCCUGCUUGGCCCCGCGUCUCCUCUGCUGCGGCACCGAUCCUGUGCCUGGACUUCUCUCUCUUCGAGCAACGCUAGGGGUAGGCCUGUCACCAAGGCUAGCGGCCGCGCCCUUCUUGGCACGCGCAUUUCAGUCCGGUCGACGUUUUCAGCUCUUGGACUCGCUCGCGUUUCCGCCAGAGCCCCGCCACGCGACCACGCCGGCUGAAACGGGGCAGCGCGUUCCAUCUGAAGCAGACCUUCCCGCAGCAGUUGGCAUCUGCCUCAAAGGGAGGUGUCAGAGUGCCCCCCCAUUUAUUUUAUAAAAAGCUUGGAGGUGCUUCUUAGUCUCUUGAGAAGUGAGCACACACACACAUUUUGCUGUUAAUUAAGUCACUUGCAUUGAUUUGUGCAGGACGAGGUGGGAGGAGGGCUUAAUGGCUGAUCAGUUAUCUUAAAAUCGUCAUGCAAGCAUUGUUAGAAAACAUCAAACUUGGCCGUAUUGCCAGAACUUGGUAGAUGGGUACUGAUCUUUAUGUGGAGACAUUUGAGCUGGUGCCUCUUUUUUGAGGGUAGCAACACCCCACAAGACUUUGGGGAGGGAUGGGGCACGCAGGUGGGUGGUCAGCCAAGGGCCCCUCUGACCCCACCCCAGAUGGAGCGAAGCCCCUGGCCAUGCUAGGAGUGUCUUGGCAGCCCAUCCUCCUUGGACCACCCAUCUUAGGCGGCUCCCCAUGUGUGCCAGCGGUCCCAGAACACAGUUUUUCACAGAAAUACCUCUUGUUUUACAGUAAUGGAUCAACAUGUGCCAUGGUUUUGAAUAAAAUUUAUUAGGAAAUGUACCCACUUGAUUUAUUUUUUCAGUGCUUUCUUAUAACAUCCUAGGCAGUGAUGUGUUUAGAGAGUAUCUUUGAAUAUAAAGUGGAAACUUGCUGUGUGUAAAAUAUUGAACAAUUAACUGUUUAUAUUAAAAAAGUAAAAAAAAACUUAAUAAAUUAUCCUAGAGUA